AUGGCGCACGACGGCAAUGCGACGCCUGGCGACGAGGGCGAAUUCGAGGGCGACAGCUGCGAGUUGUCGUUCCUCGAGGAGGCGAGCGAGCUGCAGCGCCUCGUCGCCAUACUCGUGCCCUCCGCGCAGUCCGAUCGGUCUGGAUCGGUGCAAUGCGGUGUGUCGAAUUUCGGAAUCGCAGAGGCGGAUGAGGAUGCGCAACGAAGGCGCGCGGUGGAAGACGGGGAGAUGCGCGACGACCCGCGGGCAGCAGUGCUGCUCCGCUUCGAAACCAUCUGCGCCAAGUACCGCGAGCAGCCGGAGCUGCUGGACCCGCACCUCUCCGCGCUGCUCUCCCCCGCCAUGGCCUGCCUCUCCGCGCACGCGCUCGCUGCCGCGGCCGCGCUGCCCUCCGCGCUUGCGGGAGGCUCCGCGGGGUCGGGGGAACUCGAGCGGGCGAUGGGGGAGGCGGAGGCGCAGCGGAUGGUGCGGGAAGUGGCGGGGGCGGCGUGCGUGGUGCAGGUGGUGGCGUACGUGCGCGGCGCCAAGGUCGUCUGUCGCUUCUUCCCCAACGCGCCCUCCCACCUCGAACCCGCGCUCGCGCUGCUGCUGCUCGUGCUCCGCCUCUCGCCCGCGCCGCCCAAGGUAGCGCUGCAGGGAUGCAGUGGUGGGGGAGCGCGGAUGCAAUGGUGGGAUGCAGUGUGGCGCGUGCACUAUGCGCUGCUCUCGUGGCUCUCGCACCUGCUGCUGCUGCCCUUCUCCCUCCCCUCCCUCGACUCCAACCUCUUCGCCCCCCAACCCCCCGCCUCCCUGCAACCCUCCUCCCUCGAACACUCCUCCCAACCGCCACCAGCAGCAGCAGUGUCAGCACCCGUGGCGUCCCAUGUGCUCCACCGCCUCCUACCACUCCCCACCGCUGCAUGGGAAGGGAGGUUGUCAGAAGCAUGGUCACUGCCCGACGUGCUGCUGCGAGCGUGCCUCACCUUCCUGCCCAACGGCCGCCUGCCCGUCCCCCUCAUGCUCGCCCGCCUCCUCUCCCGCCCCGAAAUGCACUCCCCCCUCGCCUGGUUCAUGGAAGAGAGUCGCCGCCUUGUGGCCUCGCUCUCUGCCGCCCUGCCCUCGCCAGCCGCUCUUCCGGACGGCCCGCCAGGCAGGGGAGAGGGAGCAGCAGUGGUGGCAGUGGAGGAGGGGAAGGGGCGGGCACCACUGUCGGAGGAGCUGCUGGCCCCUGUCGUCCUCACCCUCGCCGCCAUCUUCAAGACAGCCCCACGUGCUGAGCUCACUCACCACACACACCCAGUGUGGGCCACCAUCCUCCUGCCCCUCCUCCACUCCACCUCGCCUUCCAACCUUCCCCACUCCGCGGGCUCCUCUCCCCACCCCAUGUGCGCGCGUCCUGUCUCACUGCUGCUCCCCCUGGCCCUCGUGAAGCUGCUCCAUCGCCUCGCCCUCUCCCUUCUGCCGCCCCGCCAGCCCUCCUGGCGCUACCAGCGCAGCAUCCAUCGGGUGGACGCCCCCCCCUCUGCAGCCCCCCCCGCGCCCUUGCCAUCGCCAGCAGCAGGAGGUGCUGGGCCGGGCGCGGAACAGGGGGUGGCGGCAAGUGCGGAAGGAGUGGGAGGGGCGGAGGAGAGAGAGCUGGGGCGGAGAGAGGGGGAGGGGGAGGGGGAGGAAGAGGGGGAGGAGGAAGAGGAAGAGGAGGUGGCGGAGCUGGUGGAGGAGGCGGUGGGGGAGCUGCUGCCCAUGCUCAAACACGAGUCAACGGAUGUGCGGUGGGCGGCAGCGCGCGGCCUGUCGCGGGUGGUGGGUGGCUUGCCAGCUGGCAUGGCGGACGAAGUGGUGGCGGCCGUCAUUGCCUUGGUGGACCCGCACGAGCUACCAUCGGACAGUGCAUGGCAGGGCGUGUGUCUGGCACUCGCAGAGCUGGCAGCCAGAGGGCUGCUGCUGCCGUCGCGCCUGCACUCCGUCACGCCGCUCCUCGCCUCCGCGUUGCACUACGAGGUGUUGCGGGGGGCGGUGGGCACGGGGGCGCAUGUGCGCGAUGCAGCGGCGUAUGUGUGUUGGGCCAUCGCCCACUCCUUCUCACCGCCCGUUGCUGCUGCCUCCCUGCAGCAGCUAUGCCCUCACCUCCUCGCCGUUGCCUGCUGUGACCGCCAGAUGAAGUGCAGGUGGGCGGCAGCAGCGGCCUUCCAGGAGGUGGUGGGCCGCUUUGGCUGCAUCUCCGACGCCCAAGCGCUCUCCACACCCACCACCCGAGGCACACCCCAUGCCUCCACCAGAGGACCUAGCCAAGGAGGUGAUGCGGUGGAGAGUGGUGCGGAGAAGGAGGAGCAGUGGGUGCCAGCAGGGGGCAUCGCCAUAGUGAAUGCGGCUGACGUCACGUCGCUGUCAUCCACUCGCACUGCAUUCACUCAGGUGCCCACCACAGCCGCAUCUGUCAGUCUGAGAAGCCUUCUUUGUCCUCAUCUGCCUUUGCCCUUUAGCACAUGCACAUGCACCACACACGUGCCCCCGUUACCAUCAUUUCUCCUCGCCUCCCAUAUCUCCUCCUGCCUCUCCUCCUGCUGUCCCCCCUGCUUCCAGGUGGCACUAUUCGUGGCAGGCUAUCCGGAGUACCGCGAGCAGCUGUUGCUCAAGCUAGCAGCCAGCACGCACCACUGGGACAAGGCCAUCCGCGCCCUCGCAGCUGAAUCCCUCGCCGCCAUUGUCCCUCUUGACCCGCCCCGCCUCCUCUCCCUCUUGCACCUACACCUCCUCCCCCUGCUCGCCUCCCCCGACCCCCCCUCCCGCCAUGGGGCUCUCCUCGCCACCGCAGCCCUCCUCCCGCCCCUCUCCGCCUCCCCGCCCUCCCCGGCCCUCUCAGACACCCUCUCCUCACUCACCGCCUCCCUCCCCACGCUGCUCGCCCCGCGCUCCUUCCGAGGGCGCCUAGCUGCGGAUCUCAAGGUGGCCUGCUGCCGCCUGCUCUCCGCGCUCGCUGCUGCACUGCCCCGCGCACAACUGCCGCCCCUGCCCACACCUGCUCUCACUGUGGCUACUGCUUGCCUGCAUGACAUGCUGGCAGGGGAUGGGGGGGAGCUGCAGUGUGCGCGGGCGCGCUUUGUCUCGUCAAUCCAGGAGGCAGCAGCAGCAGCCCUGUGGGACCUCGCUCGCACCCAGCAUUCCCCUGCUUGCACAGACUUUGCUCGCCAAAUAAUAACGCGCCACGUGGCGACUCUGGAGUCCGCCAGCUCAGCAGCGAGUGCGAGGCGAGGCGCUGUGCUGGCGCUGCAGUGCUUCCUGCCCAGCCUCUGCCCCGCCUGGCCCUCCGCCUCUCCCCUUGACUCCCCUGCUGCUGGCACUGACAACGUGGGGCUAGGUGUGGGGGGCGCAAACACAGGGCUAGAGGACGGAGAAAGACAUGGGGAGACGGAGGGGAGAGGGGGUGAGGGAGGGGUGGAUGAGGGUGAGAGGUCAAGGCGCGAGCUGGCAGAGCGGGUGGUGAAGGCGCUGUGUGCUGCUGCCACCGACAAUCGGGGGCGUCGUGCUGUGACUGACGUGGCAGUGCGCGCAGCAGCAGUGGAAGCGCUGGGUAAUGCAGCCAGCAUCAUUCCCCUCCUGCAGGCCGGCGGGGCAGGCGCAAGGGGGCACACAGGGACGGGUGGGGGAGAUGGGGCAGAAGCGGAAGGGGAGGGCGAGAAGGAGGAGGUUGAGGACUACACGGAGGACCAGCGGGGUGACGUGGGCCGCCUCGUGAGGGAAGCUUCCAUGAAAGCGCUGGUGGCGUGGGUGGAAGAAGUGUACAGAUUGAGAGAGGUGUGGGAGGGCGAGGUGGGAAAUGCACCAAGUAACACUGACGCAGCACCUGACGCCCCAUCGUCUCAGCGGCGGCACAUUGGGGUUGGGGAAUGGUGCAGAGCGGUGGCAGGGCGGGUGGUGGGCGUGCUGCUGAAGCAGGCGGGGGAGAAGAUUGACGGCACCCGCAAGGUGGCGGGGCAGGGGCUGCAGCGGCUGCUGUGGGGGAGCAAGCACGGUGCAGCGAUGGCAGGGACACAAGAGACAAGAGGGGAAGCAGGGACUGCAGAGGCAGUUGAGGCACGUGGUGCUGGUGGCAGCACGCAGGGGGCAUCAGGUGGAGGCGGGGAGGAGACGGAUGGAGGAGGCGCAGUGAGUCAAUGCGUGGGCGGCACGGCAGAAGGGAGCGGUGUGUGCAGGGAUGUGGAUGGGUGGGAGCAGCUGAGGCAGCACGUGCCCUCCGACCCUCACUUCGCAUGGAAGAAUCCUGCGGCUGUCUUUCCCCGUCUGGCCCCGCUGCUGCUGCUGCCAGCCUACCGCCUGCCACUGCUCUCGGGGCUGCUGCUCUCCGCGGGUGCUCUCUCUCACUCCCUCACUGCCGCCUCCCUGCGCGCCCUGCUCUCUCUCAAACCAGCUGAGGGGACACAGGGGGCUAUGAGGGGGACAGGAGAGGGGGGAGAUGGUGGGCAGUGGGAGGAGGUGCAGGGGCGGAUAGCAGAGGACGUGGUGGUGCUGCUGAGGCGGCACCGCAAGCAGAAUCGAGUCAUAAUCCCGUACAUCAAGGCCAUCGCUGCUCUACUUCAGGCGGAUUUCUUUGGGUCGUUAUCAGCAGACACCCCAGCUUCAGAUGAG